AUGUCCACCCUCGAAGAUCUCGACGAUCUUGAGCGCGAGGAUCAGAGCAAGAAGCAACAGCAAGGUGAUGGAAAUGGCGACGGCAAGAAGCCCGGCGCUGAUGGCGAUGCUGAAAUGCAAGAUGCAGAGCCCAAGAAGGAUGAAAUCGAUGAGCUUCUAGAUGCAGAACUGGUCGGAGCAAGCACAGAUGACAUCAAGAAACGGCGACGGCUGCUCGACAACGAGUUACGGAUCAUGAAGAGCGAGUUUCAGCGGUUGACACAUGAGCAGAAUACGAUGAGAGAAAAGGUCAAGGAUAAUCAAGAGAAGAUAGAGAAUAACAGGCAAUUACCAUAUCUCGUCGGAAACGUUGUCGAACUUCUAGAUCUCGACGUCGAAGCAGAAGCUGCAGAAGAAGGUGCCAAUAUCGAUCUCGAUGCUACCCGAGUUGGAAAGUCUGCAGUCAUCAAGACAUCAACCCGUCAAACUAUCUUCCUCCCCCUCAUUGGUUUGGUGGACCACGAGAAACUCAAGCCCGGCGAUCUCAUCGGAGUGAACAAAGAUUCAUACUUGGUGCUCGAUACUCUUCCAGCUGAAUAUGAUAGCCGUGUCAAAGCUAUGGAGGUUGAUGAGAAGCCCACGGAGAAGUACACUGAUGUGGGUGGUUUGAGCAAACAAAUCGAAGAGCUUGUGGAGGCUGUUGUUUGGCCUAUGCAAGAAGCAGAGAAGUUUAAGAAGAUUGGUAUUAAGGCACCGAAAGGUGCCCUCAUGUACGGACCACCCGGUACCGGUAAGACGCUACUAGCUCGUGCCUGUGCCGCUCAAACGAACGCAACAUUCCUCAAACUCGCCGGACCCCAACUGGUGCAGAUGUUCAUCGGAGACGGCGCAAAGCUGGUCCGUGACUGCUUCGCUCUCGCCAAAGAAAAAGCCCCAUCAAUCAUUUUCAUUGACGAACUCGAUGCCGUCGGUACGAAACGUUUCGAUUCUGAAAAGUCUGGAGAUCGUGAAGUGCAACGAACCAUGCUUGAACUUCUCAACCAGCUGGACGGUUUCGCUUCAGACGAUCGUGUCAAGGUCCUCGCCGCUACGAACCGUGUUGAUGUCCUCGACCCUGCCCUUCUCCGAUCUGGACGAUUAGAUCGAAAGAUCGAAUUCCCUCUCCCUAACGAGGAAGCCCGUGCCCAGAUCUUGCAAAUCCAUUCCCGCAAAAUGACAACAGACGACGGCGUGAACUGGGCUGAACUGGCCCGCAGCACGGACGAAUUUGGAGGUGCCAUGCUUAAGGCUGUGUGUGUAGAAGCUGGUAUGAUCGCGUUGAGGAAAGGUAUGAACAAGGUUAACCAUGAACAUUAUGUCGAUGCCAUUGGGGAGGUACAAUCGAAGAAGAAGGAUACAAACAUGGGAAUAUACGUUUAA